CUUCUUCUCUAAGCUUUAAGAGAAAUAAAAUAAAAUAUAAAGAAAACAAAAUAAAACAGAACAAAAUCACAGACGCAUAUCAUAUAUAUGAAUCUUCCUUUUAUAAGCAUACACACACUUAGAGACAAAGCUCAUAUCUCAUCAAGUUCACUAAACCUUGAGAUGACGAUGGAAGAGAUAUUGAUGGAAGAAAAGUUUGUGGUUCACGAGCUGGAGCAAGGGAAAGAGUUAGCGAAUCGGUUGAAGAACAAUUUGAAAAACCCUUCUUCUUCUAAGGAUUCAAACAAGAUUUUGAUCUCCGAAAUCCUCCGUUCUUACUAAAAUGCGAUAGCUAUGAUGAGUCUUGAUAAGAAAACUCCAAAGAGAAGCCUCAAGAGAAUUGACCAGAGUAAUAAGAAGAGAAGAACAUCGGAGAAGAAGAAGGUGGAGAGAGUCAAGAUUUGCGUUGGAACAGAACAAGAAGGAACUUCUCUUGAUGAUGGUCAUUGCUGGAGAAAAUAUGGCCAGAAAGAUAUUCAUGGAUCCAAAAACCCUAGAGGAUAUUAUAGAUGUACACAUCGAUUCACAAGAGGUUGUUUGGCGGUGAAGCAAGUUCAAAAAUCAGAUACAGAGCCUUUGUGCUUCGAAGUCAAAUAUGUGGAAAGUCACACAUGUAACAUCACUCCAUCAACCACCAAAUACUCUGUUUCUGUGUCCGAAGAAGAGGAAGGAAACAGAGGAUAUAAGCUACGUGUAGCAGAGCAACCCGAAGACACAUUGAAAUCUGAAGAAAUGAUGUCAAGUCUCGAAGAUGUGGAUAACAAGAAGGAGAUUUUCAGGACGUAUUCAUUUUCAAAUCCCGAGAUGGAGAUUAUUUCGGAAUGGAUAAAUCUGAUGGAUGAUAUGUCUCCUACAACAUCAGAAUCUGGAGUCACCAACGAGUUGUUGUCUGCCUCAUCUGUCGCGAACUCGCAAAUGGAUUACGACGAUUCGUGUUUCUCUUCAUUGGAAAAUAUUCUCAAUUUAAGUCAUGACAGUACAUGUGGUUUUUAGUUGAAUUUUUAGCUUUAGUUUUCAUUUUGGUGUGAGUCAAAGGCAAAGAUUACAAAGGGGAAAAGAACAUAAGAGUGUAACUGAAGUUAACUUAAGGCGUUUGAGAUCAAAUAUGGCUGCACCUCUUCGUCUUUCUGCAAGUUAUGAGAUGUUGUACGAUUGUAAUCCAAGCUUCCAUCAUUAUAUCCAUAAUUACAGUGUCAUCAAAAUGAGGCUGUGAUCAGCAAAUGAAGUACCUCACGUCCUCCUUUA